AUGAAUUUGAUUAUUCGCUUAUUUGCUUUGUUACUGAUUGCCUCAUCCCUGUUAUUAAAUGUCGUAUCUGAAAGAAGCUAUAUUGUAACGAUCAAUGACCAAAAAGACUACAAGAAAUUAUUACGAGUGCAUAAAAAUGUGUUGAUAUUAUUUUCAAAUUCUUCUAUGGAUAAAAAUAGCCAAUUGAAAAAAGUGAUAAAAAUCACAACAGAAGCUGCGAAACAAGCAGUGGGGCAAGGCACUGUUGCUCAAAUUAAUUGUAACGAUGGUGAAACAAAAAAGUUAUGUAAAAAACUUAAAUUAAUCCCGAAACCUUACAUUCUGAAACAUUACCAAAAUGGUGAGUUUCACAAAGAUUAUGAUAGGAAGAUAAAUACAAAGAGCAUCUAUCGGUUCUUGCUAGAUCCAACAGGUGAUAUACCAUGGGAUGAAGACCCGACAGCUGUGAACGUCGUUCACUUAGACAAUUCUAAUGCGCUUCAAAAAACAGUUAGUAGUGGUAAACCGGUACUCGUCAUGUUUUAUGCUCCUUGGUGUGGCUUCUGUAAGCGUUUGAAGCCGGAAUUUAGUGCUGCAGCAGAUCAGUUGAAAGGAAAGAUCGUAUUAGCAGGCAUGGAUUUAACGUAUCGCGGGAACGAAGUUGUGGCAAAACAGUUUGGCAUUGAUGGCUAUCCAACACUUGAGUACUUUGAGGGUGGUAUUCAUAAAUUUAGAUAUAAAGGACAAAAUUCAAAAGAUGGCAUAAUUGAGUGGCUUAAAAAUCCAGUGGAACAAGACUCAUUUCUCUCACCUGAAGAGGAAGAGAUUUCAUGGGCUGAAACCAUUACCGAAGUGGUUCUUUUAAGUGAUGAUACAUUUGAUGAAUUUGUUGCGGAACACCAAAGCGUUUUGGUCCUUAUCUAUGCUCCUUGUAUCCACUGUAAGAUGGUAAAACCGGAAUUCAUUCGAGCAGCUGAUCGUUUGAAAAAGGAUGGUAUUGAUGGUGUUUUAGCCGCUGUCGAUGCUACAAGCAAUAUAAAGAUAGCAGAGCGGUACAAAGUGGAGGGUUAUCCCACCUUUGCAUACUUCAAGGACGGAAAGUUUGCGUGGAAAAUCAAUGAACGUAAAGAAGAUGGCUUUUACAAUUUCAUGAAAAAUCCAGUAGAACCUCCUCCUCCCGAACUUUCAUGGAGUAAACAAUCUGACGGUGUACAUGUGUUACAUUUAACAGCGGAGAAUUUCAAAACUGAAGUUAAGAAGAAAAAACACGCUCUGAUAAUAUUUUACGCUCCUUGGUGUGGUUACUGCAAAAGAGCAAAGCCUAAAUUUUUUGAAGCUUCUAAAAUACUUGCUGAUGAUACAAGGAUCGUUUUGGGUGCUGUUGAUUGUACAACUGAGAGGUCUUUGUGUCAAGAAUAUAAAGUAGAGGAAUUUCCAACAAUCAUUUAUCUGUCCUAUGGUAAAAAUCGUAUCGAUUAUUCUGGCGAAUAUGAAACUGCAUCAUUCAUUAAUUUUGUUGAAAGUGCAAGAUAUCGUUAUUUCUUUUUCCGAUCGCGGAAUUCUGUUCCUGAAUUUGACUUUGGAAAUGUAGUGAUAGUGCUCGAUAAGAACAAUUUCGAUAAGAUUAUUAGCAGUGGAAAUGUUUUUGUGUUGUUCUUUUCGCCAUGGUGCAGACAUUGUAAAGCAGUAAAACCGGAAUUCCGCGAAGCUGCGAAACAGUCUCACUUUGGCAAAUUCGCCGUGGUCGAUUGUACUGCUUGGAAUGAUCUUUGUGAGAGGUACGGCGUGAAAAGCUAUCCAACAUUUCGUAUAUUUGUUAACGGUGUUCAGCAUGAUUAUAAUGGCAAUCACACUUCAUCCGAUUUUACUACUGCUUUUAUGAAAAUAGUUGCGUCAACUAAAAUUGAUUUAUGA